AUGAAAGAGUACAAAUCUAAAGUGUUAAAAUGCGAGGAGACCAAAGAGCCUGUUGUUGAUUAUGGAAAGGUUACAAAAUUUGAGGGAUAUCAAAUAACUUUGGAAAAUACAGUUCUAUUUCCUGCAGGAGGGGGACAGCCUCAUGACAUUGGAUGGUUGAAUAAUAUUGAAGUGUUACAAGUGCUUCGUAAAGGCAAUGAAGCAGUCCACUUCACAAAAGAGCCUAUUGCAGUUGGCACAGUGGUGUCGCAACGGGUAGACUGGGAGCGGAGGUUUGACCACAUGCAACAACAUUCGGGACAACAUCUUCUAUCAGCAAUUUUAGAAAAGGAAUAUGGAUUGCCCACCACCAGCUGGUGGCUUGGAGCUGUAGAAAGUUAUGUGGAAUUGGAUACAACAAGUAUUAAAGAGGAUAUAAUUCAUAAGGUGGAAGCCAAGUGUAAUGAACUAAUAUCCAAUGCUAUUCCUGUCAAUGUGAAGUUUUGUAAAGCUAAUGACCCUGAUUUAGAUGAGGCACAUACUAGAGGUCUACCUAAAGACUGUAUGGACACUAUAAGAAUAAUCUGCAUUGGGAAUAUUGAUGAAAAUAUGUGCUGUGGUACUCAUGUCUCUAAUCUAAGUCAACUACAAGUGAUUAAACUAAUUGGAACAGAACCAGGCAAGAAGGGAAAAACAAACUUGAAAUUUCUUGUCGGCAAUAGAGUAAUAAAAACAUUACAACAUAUGUUAGACAGAGAGAGAUCCCUAACAGCAUUAUUAAAAAAUGAACCCAAUAAACAUGAAGAAUUAGUGUCAAAAUUGCAGAAGAACCUUAAAGUAUCAAAUAAAAAUUUACAGAAUGUUUUAUCAGAGCUGGCACAGUUGGAGGUGGAAAGAAUAAAGAAUGCCCAUCCAAAACCCAAAUAUGUGUUUAUGAGCAAAAAGGAGGCCACACCAGAAUUCAACAGAGCUAUUUGUAAAGGCUUAGAGGGAGAGGGAAUGUUUAUAUUUUUAGCAUCAAUUGAACCUGAUAAGCCUAAAGAAGGACAGAUUGUAAUACAGGGUCCAGAAGACCACUGCAACGCAUUGGGUAAACAAAUAACAGACCUGUUAAAAGCAAAAGGUGCCUUCAAAAAUGGCAAGUUUCAAGGGAAAGCCAGUGAUAUGUCAGGAAUUAAUAAAUGCAAGAAUUUAAUUGAACAAUAUUUUACUAAUGUGAUAAUAAGCACAGAUAAAGAA